AUGGCCCGCUCUGUCGGACCCGUCUCCUGCACACAUCCCCCGCCUCUCCCCGCUCUCCUGCAUCCCUCGUCUCCACCUCACCGCCAUUUCCACCUUACCUCCCCCUCCGCCACUCCGUUCCCGCUCCGCCCCUUGCGCUUGCUCCGCGUGGCCCGCAUUCCCCCAUCCCCCCGUCCCCCCGCGCGCAGAGACGUGGCAUAUGGACGAUUUUCUCGCGCUCGUGCAGCGCCGCAGCCAAGGCACGCUCGCCGCGCACCCCGUUGGCGCCACGGGUGGCGGCGCGCGCAAGUUCAGAGGGCAGUUUGA